AUGUAUCUACCCGUCGCCGACGACCUUGGCCUCGCGUUCGAGCACGCCGCUCGCUUCCUCGUCAAGCGCGCCGAGGUGGUGGACGGCGACGACUUCAAGCCUUUCGAGCUCAGCCACACCCAGUGGGUGACGGUCUACUUUAUCGAGUUGACCGUGAUCCUGUACCUCUUCGGGUGGAAUCUCUGGGGCGCCCGCUCGGUCCUCUUUCCUCUCAAGUUGACGGCCGUCCACGGCAUUGCUGGGACGCUCACGGGCGCAAAGGUCGAGAGCCUCAUCCUCGACCCGAAUCAGGGCGGCAGCACGCGCAUGGUUGGCGGGUGGGCGUUCGUCUCGUUGCCGGCGGGCUAUAUCGGCUCGACGCUCAUCGGCGCGGCGCUCAUCUUUGCCGGCUUCGACCAGAAGGCGUCCAAAAUUGCCGCCAUCCCGCUCUUUGUCCACCUGUCGAUCGUCGCCUACUGGGCACGCACGUCGCGGUUCACGCUCCUCAACGUCUGCUUCGUCCAGGGCCUCAUCCUCAUCCUCUACAUCGUCCAGCACGCGGCGUUCCUGCGCUUCCUCCUCCUCCUCAUCGGGUGCAUGAACGUACCAGCGUCGACACGGCCUGACGACUUUGCCCGCUCGCAGUACAGCGUGUGGGACCAGCUGGACGAUAAGAUCAACGAGAGCGACGUGUGCGCCUUCCAGCGCGAGUACCCGUGGCUCCCGGCGCAGGUCUGGGGCGGGAUCUGGACGCUGUUCUCGUGCGCCGGCCUGACGGCCGCCAUCCUCGGCGGCAUCGUGUACUUCAAGAACGACUUUGCCGAGCAGUACUUCGACUCGCAGACGUUCCUCCCGACUUAG